AGAAUCACAGGUUCCUGAGGAAUAUUAGCAGUUUGGAAGGAUGAGGUAAAACAUACUACAUUCUGAAGGAGCUUGACCGGGUGGAUACUGAGAGAUUGUUUCCACUGGCUGGGAGCAUGGUUUCAAGGUGCUGACUUCAACAGCUGCACAGGUCCUGGCUGUGAUACUGAGCUAUAUUUUUAGGCACGGAGAUGGAUUUCCUUAUUCUGUUCCUAAUUUACUUGGCCAUUUGCAUCUCCUGCAUGGUGGUCGCUAUCAAAUUCUCAAGGCAAAGCCAGGAAUGUUUUGCAAGGAUCUCACACCAUGUGACUCGGGUGAUUGGGCCAGUGAUUCCUCAAUGGCUGCAGUUAGUAGUGCAGCUUGCUUUACGUAGGCUCAUCCACCAGAGAAGCUCCUUUUUCCUGGUCCUGCAUCUUGUGUUAGAAGUAGCUGUGUAUGGAGAGUAUUCAUGGGAAGUGUUUCCUUCCAGCUUGGAGCUGGGAUUCAGACGAAGUAUUUUGCUGCUGCCUUACAUCCUGGUGCUUGGGAAGAUGUACUUUUUCUAUCAAUGCUGCACCAAAGACCCUGGUAUGAUUUCUCCUUCAAACCAUAAGCAGCUGCUGAAAGUGUAUAUGUAUGAUGGAAUUUUGUAUCAACAAUCCCAUGUCUGCCCUACGUGUAAACUCGCAAAGCCAGCACGGUCAAAGCACUGCCGUGUGUGUAACCGGUGCAUCCAUCGAUUUGACCAUCAUUGUGUCUGGGUGAAUAACUGCAUAGGGGCAUUAAACAUACGCUACUUCCUGUUGUACCUGGUGACCCUGUCAGGGAUGGCAGCUGCUGUGGGAACCGUGACUGUGAGGUUCCUUAUCCAGGUGGCACUGGUGUCUAACCUACAUCAGGCAAUGUAUGUAAAUACUGAUGGUGAACAUGUGCCUGUUGGCAUCCUGUAUAUAGUCCAGAAACUGUUCCUGACCUUUCCUCGGAUUCUUUUCAUGCUGGGCUUCACGCUCCUCACCUUCUUUCUGCUGGCAGGCUACACUGCUUUUCACUUCUACCUGGUGAUGACCAAUCAGACUUCAAAUGAGUGGUACAAACUUAAGAACAGUUGCCAGUGCCACAUAGACAACAGCCGGCCAGACAAACGCAUAUGGGGCAACAUCUAUCAUAGAGGGAUCAUCACAAAUGUGAAAGAAAUCAUCAGCCCUGAGACAGAACAGAAAAAAAUCAGAUAAGAGACAGAAACUGACAUUUUUGUUCACUUUCACCGAAAGAUCCUUUGGUCAAUGGUGAAAUAUUUGUACAUUUUUUAAAAAUUUAUAGUUUCCACCAACUUUUUUUUACUGUGUCCAACAAAUUAAAAUUGAGAAUGAGUUGA